AUGAUUUCGGCUCAACGUUCCAACCAGGGGACCGAUGUUGAGAACCUUGCGAAGAACUGGAACGUCAUUAACAAGCGCUGCGCACUUUUCAACAUCCUAGUGAAUGACACGCGCCUCUUCGCAGGACUCAGCAAAGGUAGCCCGUUCUAUUUCCGAGGUCGACGUGUGUGCCGUCUGGCAAACUAUGUCAUGUUUAUUUACCACGAAAGAGCCAUUGACCCCACAGAAAGCCGGACACCUACCCCUGUCGGUUAUCUGCAGUACAACUCCAUCCAUGGAGCACGUCGAAAGCUAUUCGAAGCUCGUCCAGGUCCGAGGGGAGAGAGAAACCGGCCUGGUGGCACAUUAUGCCGGAAGCGCAUGCAACAGAUAACUCCGGAAGAAUGGACGGAGGACGCGUAUUUCGUGUGUCCCCUCCUAGCCCUCGCGCAGUCUGAGGAGCAGCGGCGAGUUGAGUCAAGCCCGGCUACUUUUACUUCUCGUCUUCUCGUGACGGAAGUAGCAGAUAAAGAGAAGAUAGUCCUCUACGAGGCUGACAUUACAACGGAGCUUCUAGAUGGGUUCAAGAAUCCGAAAGAGGCAGAUCGUCCUAUGAAUUGGCCCACCGUUAGACGCAAGAAGGUACCAUACCAGCCUUACGAUACCUUCCCUGAAAGGAUGAUGGCAGAGCUCCAGACGCCUGCAUUCUCGCCACUUGAUGGAACCAGUUCGAUACCCGACAGUUCGGUGCCAGACAUGGACGGUAAGACUCCAAGAGGUCAGAAACGGCCGCACGAUGCAGAAGAGGAUGCACCAUGCAAGCAGACACGGAUCUCCGACACAUCAUAGCUGAACCGACGUCAACACUAAUAAGAUGCUUGAUGAUCAGAAUAGUCAAAUAAUUAAUGUAUACGAGCCAUAGCAGCCGUAAAAUCCUCUGUGAUUCUUGCUUAAAUAAGAGACCCAAGCCAAAAUGGGAUGGUUAACAAUUGAUUAACAGAUUGAGCGUGGUCAGACUGUACUAUGAUUCUCGCCCGGGGCCUUUAUCUGCCGAGAAACUGGUGCAUAUGACCCGAUUCUCCUCACCAACUCUGCCCUCGCCUCUGGCAAGAAGACUGGCAUCGGAUUAUCUGCCCAAGCAUUACCUAAGGUGCCAUUUAGUGGUGGGACCAUGUUCAUCUAAG